AUGACAAGUAUUGACAGCAGUGCCCCCGCUUCUUCCGGUACCGAUGCGAAUCCUGCUUCUCCUCAACCGAAGCAACCUAAGCCGAAAAAGGCCGUACCAGUCGUCCCACCAGGAAUAAGUACCGCCUACAUGGUGCUACGUACUGUGAUUACGAGCCUGCUGCCGCCGGAGCAAGAAGAAAUUACCAGCGUCAGUCCAUUCCAAGCGACGUACUUGAAAGAAGGCCGUCCGACAGGAAAAUUCUUGAUAACAUUCAAGCGUCGUGCGGUAAGCACCCAAACAGGAGGAGGUGGAUUUUGGGACGAGAAGGAUGAGGCAUCGUUUUCACCGUUCUGGGAUUUGGUCCGAGCUGCCGUCGAUCGAAUAGUGUCGAAUACUUCCGGCGACCAGGCCCUUGAACUAACUUGUACUAAAACCACCAAAGAUGAAAUUGUGGGUGCGUUUGGUGAAGGGGCGUUAGACGAUGGUAUUCUUAAAAAGAAAAAGGCAGACCUCGAGCAUCUGCUGGCUACCUGUGGUACCAUUAGUAGCGAUGGUAGCACGACGAGCGCCACGCUGCAGGCUGUGGCUUGCGUCCCACCGUCGACGCCCUACGCGUCGACCAAGGCUUUAUCCAACAUUAUUUUAGAAAUGGGUAACAUGUGCACCGAAAUUAAAACGCAGAAGAAGAUGGUGCAAAUCAGCUUGAAAUUCGAAGCCGUUGAAACAGAAAACCAUGGCAUUCCGUUGGCGCCCGAAGUUACUGACGGAAGUCCGGCGAGUAUGAUUGCGCAGCGCAGGCUC